ACAGCUCUACCAUUUGAGUUCAUCCCACUAACGCACCCCCCUCCUCUCUCUCUCUCUCGCUGACAAGACCUCUUCCUCUAUAAAACUAUCCUACUAACUGAUACCCCCACCUCCACUAACGCUCCUUUCUCUCUUCAAGAGUUCUCCCGCCUUUGGAGAUGGCCAAGAGUUCUUCAAGCCCAGAAGAUGAAUUCCUCAACAUUGAGGAAAACAAAAAUAGCAAUCCCCAACAGAGCAGCAGCAACAACAGGGGUGGUGCUUUCAAGAGAAGCCAAAGAAGCUGUUCUCAAGAGCAAAAGAGCCCCACUUCUCACUCUAGCACAAUGAGAUGGAUGCGGGCUUCGCGAUCUCAGCAAAAUCCCUGGAAAAGGGGGGUUAAUUCAAGAUGGUGGUGCUUUGGCUUCUCCUUUCCAAAGGGGGUGUUACAGAUUAUAUUCCUUCUUGGUUUUAUUGUUUUUGUGUUUCUUGUGGUGGAGUCAUUGAUGAUGAAAAGGAGCUCUAGAUUAGGAUUUAUUGGACAUCCAUUAGAGACUGGACCUUUCAGUUUUGCUGCUCCACUAAGAUUCUACUCCUUUGAACUCGAUCGACGCUUUGCCGAGAAGGGUCGUGAACUAGAAAUAUUGCGUGAACAACCGCGACUUGCAGUUCGCCCUCCUCUUCUUGCCAUUGUUAUGUCAAGUAUGGAUGCUGACGCUUCAUCUUUGAUGUUGAUUACACUUGGGAGUAACUUACAGUUGCUUGGUUAUAAGCUUCAGGUUUUUGCAUUUGUGGUUGGUAAAACUCUUGGAGCUUGGGAGAAAAUUGGCUGUCGAGUUUCCAUUUUGGAUGACAAAAGUCUUCACUCAGUGGAUUGGACGAAUUUUGAUGGGGUGUUAUUGACCUCUCUUGAAGAAAAAAUAGUAGUUUCAAGCCUCUUGCAAGAACCCUUCCUUUCUGUGCCGCUCAUAUGGAUUGUACAAGAAGAAACUCUUGGUGAGCGUCUUCCAGUGUAUGAAGAGAAUGGGUGGAUUGGUCUUGUUAGUGAGUGGAUAAGUGCUUUUAGCAGGGCCAAUGUUCUGGUCUUUCCAGAUUUUACGCUUCCAAUGAUGUAUAGCAAACUCGAUACUGGAAACUUUUUUGUAAUUCCUGGAUUACCAGUGGAAGCAUGGGAAUCAGAAGCCAGUGUUCUGAGAGAUGUAAAUCAGCUACGAAAAGACAGUGGCCUUCAAGAAGAUGAUCUGAUUAUUUUUGUCACUGGGAGCCCUUUUGCUUAUACUGACUUACCUUUGGACUAUGACGUUGCUGUUCAUGCAAUAGGAUCUUUUCUAAAGGACAGCCAUGUAUCAUUCAAAUUCUUUUUCUUUAAUGGCAAGUCUAAAGAUGGUGAUCUGGAGACUAUGCAGGAACUAACUUCACGAUUGGAUUUCCCAGUGGAUUCUAUGAGGUUUUAUGGUGAGGAUGACUAUAUUAAUGAUGUCCUUUCCAUGGCUGACAUCGUUCUUUAUGGGUCCAUUCAUGAAGAGCAAGUGCUCCCUCCAUUAUUCCUUCGAGCAAUGAGCUUUGGAAUUCCAGUCAUGGCUCCUGAUCUACCUUUUGUGAGAAGAUAUAUCCAGAAUGGUACUCAUGGUUUGAUUUAUCCCAUGAAUGAUACUGGGAGGUUGAUUGCAACUUUCUCAUCUCUAGUUACGGAUGGAAAGCUGAACAAUUAUGCUCAUAUGCUUGGUUAUUCUGGAAGGUUGCAUGCAAGAAACAUGUUUGCUUUGGAUUGCAUUACUACUUAUGCAAAACUUCUAGAGAAUGUGUUGCAGUUUCCUUCAGAUGCAAUGCUUCCAAAACCUGUUUCAAGACUCCCUGCUCAUGAGGUGCAAUGGGCGUGGGACCUUAUAGGGAAUGAAAUAGCUAUGACAGAUGGUCAAAUAUUGGGGGAGGGUGUUAGAAAGCCAAACAGAUUGCAUAGAAAUUCAAAUGUGAUGUCUGCUAUUGAAGAAAGUUGGAAGAGUAGCAUGAAUGCAUCUGAUGAUCAAAUUGCUGAGGAUAUCCCUACCCAACAGGACUGGGAUGACGCAAGAGAUACAGAAAUUUCUGAAGAAUACGAAAGACGAGAAAUGGAGGAGCUGAAUGGGCAGAUGGAGACUGAUGUGGAAUCAUGGGAGGAUGUACGCAGAAAUACCAAGAAAUUCGAAAAGGUGAAGGUUGAAUCGAAUGAAAGAGAUGAAGGGGAGCUUGAAAGAACGGGCCUUUCACUGUGUAUCUAUGAGGUUUACGAUGGGGCAGGCGCCUGGCCUUUUCUGCAUCGUGAUUCACUCUAUCGUGGUUUGAGUCUUGCUCCAGGAUCACGAAGAACUAAUUCAGAUGAUUUGGAAGCUGUUGAACGUCUUCCGCUUUUGAAUAACACUUACUAUAGGGAUGCUUUUUGUGAACUCGGUGGUUUGUUUGCUAUUGCUAAUGGGACAGAUAACAUCCACAAGCAUCCUUGGAUUGGUUUUCAGUCAUGGCGUGCCAGUGGAAGGAAGCUGUUACUAUCAACUAAGGCUGAAAGAAUACUGGAGGAAACUAUACAAAGAGAAACUGAGGGAGAUACAAUCUACUUUUGGGCAAGCAUGGGCAAAACUAUUCUUCCAGAAAUAAAGCAUAAGAAUUAUAAUUUUUGGUCGAUCUGUGACAUCUUAAAUGCCAGGCGUUGCAGGACCAGUUUUGCAGAGGCCUUCAGGCUGAUGUAUGCUUUGCCAUCGAACGAGACAGCCCUCCCUCCAAUGCCAAGUGAUGGUGAGCACUGGUCUGCCCUUCACAGUUGGGCCAUGCCAACACGUUCCUUCCUGGAAUUUGUGAUGUUCUCACGGAUGUUCACUAGUUCCCUGCUGGAUAGCCAGAGACUUAAUCCCCAGAGGAAUGAUACAUGCUUGUUGGGAUCUUCAAAGAUAGAGAAAAGGCAAUGUUACUGCCGUGUUUUGGAAGUUUUGGUGAAUGUGUGGGCAUAUCACAGUGCGAGAAAGAUGGUUUAUAUAGACCCCAUCUCAGGUUUGCUUGAGGAGCAGCAUCCUGUAGAGAAGCGAAUUGGAUCAAUGUGGGUUGCUCACUUCAACAACACACUGUUGAAGGACAUGGAUGAGGAGUGGGCAGAGCAGGCCGAUGAUGGUGACCAUCCCCCAGGUAGCACUGAUGGUGGCACGUGGGUGUGGCCAUCGACUGGGGAAGUGUAUUGUAAAGUAAUAUUUGAUAGAGAACAAGCUGAGAAAUACAGAGCCAAGAUGGAGAAGACAAGGAAGGCCAUGGAGAAGCUCUUGGAGAGGCAGAAGUAUGGUUAUAAGCAGAAGACACUAGGAGGCUGAGAAAGAAGCUGAGGAAGAACAAGCAUUGGAGAAGUCGUGCCUUCUUUCUCCUCUUUUCGUUUGUGUUCUAUUGGGAAUCAUUAUCUGCUGACCAUUCAUUGAUGCUACUGCAAUAAACCAAUCACGCUGCUAGAUUGAACGUCCAUGAACUACAAUCCAAGUUAAUCUCUGCUCAUUUGAAGGCUAUCACACUCAAUGGGUGGAAUUACACGAAGUGAAGGCAGUCUAUCAGCCAUGUCUUGUUGCAUUUUUGUUAAAUGGAACGAUUGGAAAUGGUACUGAGUUCAAUUAAUUGCAUUUUCCAUUUUGUGAUGCCACUCUCCUGUUAUUGAUCAUAUUUUGGGGAAUAUUUAUUUCUACUUUUCAAUCUUCUGAUCCAUGCUCUCGUACUUGUUGAGCACUGAGGUAUGUGCGACAUUGGGUUGCUAGGUUGGUUGUCCUUCAAGGAGAAUCUCAAAAUAUUACUCAAAUGAAGCAGAAUCUCGAGAUAUUUCUAAACUGUAGACUUUAAUUUUUAGAGCAAAUAAUAUUUGAUGGGCGCUACCCCUUUUGUGCGGA